AUGGUUUUCCCACCCGCAGCUCUCGACUCUGUGAACUGGAACCAGUUGGGUUUGUCUGUUACAGAUGCAGUCAACGGUCAUGUGGAGUCCAAGUACACGGUAGCAAACGGCACAUGGAGCGAGCCAACCUUUGUGGCCUCCCCAUUCAUGCAAAUCCAUGGCCUCAGUCCAGCUCUGAACUAUGGCCAACAAGCCUACGAAGGCCUAAAAGCGCACCGUGGGCCCAAAGGCGAUAUCAAUCUUUUCCGCCUCAACUCACACGCAGCCCGCAUGAACAACUCCGCCGCGUAUGUUUCCAUCCCUGAGAUCCCAGAGGAGCACUUCAUGAAGUGCGUGAAGCUGGCCGUCGCGCGCAAUGGCGAAUGGGUAGCUCCGCACGGCUCUGAAGCACUCCUCUACAUCCGUCCUCUUGUGUUCGGCUCAAGUGGACAUCUGAGCUUGACUGCGCCAACGGAGUAUACAUUUGCCGUGUUUACCCAGCCUGGCAAUACAUACCAUGGCGUGCAGCCGCUUCCUGCUUGUGUGAUUGAGGGCUUCGAUCGCGCCGCUCCUCGCGGCACUGGCGGCGCGAAGGUCGGUGGUAAUUAUGCGCCAGUCAUCCGCCACACAGACAAGGCGCGUACGCAAGGCUACCAUGUCACUCUGCAUCUGGAUGCACAGACGCGUACUUGUAUCGAAGAGUUCUCGACGUCGGGAUUCAUUGGUAUCAAGAAGCUUGGCGACCAGGUCGUCGUUGUUGUGCCCGACAGCAAGAACAUCGUGCAGUCCAUCACGUCCGACUCGUGUCUCGCGUUGGCUGAGAGUUUUGGCUGGCGCGUGGAAAAGCGCGAGAUUCCGUGGAGUGAGUGCAGGUUUUUCGACGAGGUUAUCGCUGUUGGCACUGCGGCGUCGCUGUUGCCAAUUCGUUCUCUGGUGAGACACUCGACGGAUCAGAAGUUUGUGUAUGGCGAGAAAACGGGCGAGUGUACGGCGAGGCUUUCGGGUGCUCUGAGGGAUAUUAUGAGGGGGAAUAUUGAGGAUCCCUUCGGUUGGGUGGACGUUGUGAAGGAGGAGGAUUUGCUGCUGCCGAAGGAGGAGAAGGUCGAGGAACCUGCUAUGAACGGUGUUAACAUGGAGCUGCCGAUUGAGAUUGGCGUGCAGGAGAAGAGUGGUGCGAUAGUGAGUGCGCCGGUCGAAGUGCAGGUUGGGGCAUAG